AUGCAGCAUACGUCACAGGAAAAACGAAGGGACAUGUUUAUUCCAACAGAAGAGAUCUUGAUUGACAUUUUCAGUUUAAAUGUCUCUUAAGCGUAAACAGUUUUAUCUGAAACACUGUAACGUUUGAGGAGAAGCCGAGGUAGACCAGUCCCUGAACUGAACAGCUGUACUCUGACGCAGCUGCAUCAAGGUGCGUUAAAAAGCGACCAUAAACGUUUUUCUUAUAGCUCAUGGAGGCUGUUUUUGGUCGUAAAGCGGAGGACUUGGAGGAUUACUACGGGUUGUUAGGAUGUGAUGAACUGUCAUCGACUGAGCAGAUUCUCAGCGAAUACAAGAUCAGAGCCUUAGCAUGUCACCCAGAUAAACACCUGGACAACCCAACAGCAGUGGCUGAUUUUCAAAAGCUGCAAGAAGCCAAAGAGGUUUUAUGCGAUGAAACCAAAAGGAAAAACUAUGACCUCUGGAGAAGAAGUGGGGUUGCUAUUCCGUUCCACGAAUGGGAGGCUCUGAAUGAUUCAGUUAAAACUUCAAUGCACUGGGCUGUAAGAACCAAGAAGGAACCAAUGCUGGAGGCCUGCAAACCAGAGGAUCCAAUCGCUUCACAGGCAGAGGACCAUCCCUGUAAUGAAGCAUCUUCAUGCGAUCACUACCAUCGGCGUUUCCGUUGGGCCUCUGACUCUCCAUCCUAUCUGCUGCAGAAGUUCAGAAAUUAUGAAAUAUAAAUUUAUUAUCUUUAAAUUCUAGUAUUCUUACUCUGUUGAAGAAUUUGGUUUAUGCAGUUUCUAAGUCUAGCACAAUUUUAAGCUUUAUAUGUAAAUGUUUUUUGUGAUUCCACUAAAUGUCCACGCUAGGAAAAUUGUCGUGUUUGUUGCAGAUGUGAGUCUAUAAUUUGAUCAGGUACAUUGUUCAGAGAUAUGAUCCGCCUAUCUUGAUGCUGUAACGUCUUUCUCUGUGUUGCUGAUGUAAACUGAACCACGUUGAGUCCAUUAUUGUGAUGAAGUUUAUUAUCUUCAGCUGCUUCCUAAUGAGUCAUGGUAAUUGCUUAAAGUGGAACAUUAUGUUUCUUCUGGUCAUAAUGCUCUGUUGAAUCAAAAGUGAAUCAAAGUGAAAUUAUAUUGCCUCUGUUGUUGUUCUGGUGGUGCCGAGAUGAACUUUAACCCUCCUGGCUCCCUGGACACACAUUGUUCUUUUUUAUGUUGUUUUUGUGUUUCUUUGGCUGUUAAUGCCGUAACUGUAAUACAUUUUGUAAUUUAUGUAUUUUUGCCACAUUUUUCAUAUGCUUUUAAAGUAAACAGAGCAAUCUGUGUCUCUUCAGCUUUUUUUGGGCCAUUCAAAAUGUAUUUUUUGAAUACAUCACGAUUGCAGUGUGAUUUUUCUUUUUUUUCAUUCACUGGUGUGAAUUUGCCAUUACAGUUUCAUGAUUAUUGUUUUUCACUAUUUUUCUUUAAUAGGUUUGUGCAACAGCAAAAUCAGAAUUGCUACCAAUGCAACCAUUUUUUUACAUUCCCAGGCACUGACAAUACACCACCCCAACAAAUAAUAAAAUGUGCAUAUAUUCAAU